AUGACUAUUGAGUUCCACAACACUUUUGAUGGCCAAAAAAGACCGUCAUUCAUUGGUCCUCUUGGUUCCAUUCCACAACCUCUGGAUGGAUCAAGAAACAAAAAAAAGAAGGAAAAAAAAUAUGCAAAUAAAUCACAACAAAUUCAAAGAGAAAAACAACAACAGCAGCAGCAAUUGUUACGUAAUAUAUCUGCCGAAAUGAAAACUACUGUUCAAAUUCUUUCUCAUGGAACAUCGGAUUGCCAAUCACCUUCACUUAUUCUGAAAACUGCAAAAGGCGAUCGUCACCUAUUUGGUCGCUUUGGAGAAGGUUUGCAACGGUCAAUCAAUCAAAAUCGCGUAAAAUUUGGAAAACUAAAAAAUGUUUUUAUUUCUGGCCCUCUUGAUUGGUCUUCAUUAGGAGGUCUUCCUGGAAUAAUUCUUACACUAGCUGACCAGGGGGUAAAAAAGAUGACUUUGCAUUCAGCUGUUGAUAAUUUACCUUGGGCAUGUGCAACUUGGCGCAAUUUUGUUCUUAGAGGAAAUCUUGAUUUUCAAAUUAAAAACGCUAGUAAGGAAAUUUACUCAGAUAAAUAUAUUUGUGUUAAGGGAGUACAUAUAUAUCCCGAAACGAUCACUGAAAACGAUUAUUUAAACAGAAAUAUUGAUCAAGAAGAAGUUGAUCGUGAAUCUCUCAGUAUUUUAAACAGACUUUUUUCAAAACAAACUAUUACCAAACAAGAAGGAAACGACUACAAGCUCGGACCUGUGUCAAACGCUGCUCUUCCUGCAGUUUUGCGUGACUCUCGAGUUUCUUGUUACAUGAUUCAAAUUCGUCCUAGUCGUGGUAAAUUCAUCCCUCAAAAAGCCAUUAGUUUAGGUGUCCCCCGCGGAGAAAUGUUUGCAAAAUUAGCUGACGGUGAAUCUAUUAUUACACCUGAUGGGAAAACUGUUCAUCCUCAUGAAGUUUUAGAACCUCCUAAUAUCAACGGCCGUGUUCUUGUCAUUGACUGUCCCACUAAUGAUUAUGUUAAAGAUCUUAUCAAUGGUCAUGAUUGGCGCGAAAACUUAUCACCUGAUUUAGGCAGUCAUUCUAACAAUUCUAGCGUUAACAAUCCUACCAAUAGCAACAAUAACCCAGACAUACCUCCUGAUUCUAAACGACGAAGAGCUCAGUCUGAUCUUGAGAAUAAUUUUAUUGAUCCAUGUCAUGGGUAUUCUGAACCAGUAACUGUAGCUUUUCAUAUGUUAGGAGAAUCUGUAAACCCAUUUGAUGGUCCAUAUUUUGAUUGGAUAACUCAACAAGAUUCUACUGUGUUUUCACCGGAAUGUAUGCAUUUUAUCACACAUCCAUUUUAUGCCCCCGAUGGUAUUUCAUUAGAGUCUGCUGCAUUGUUAAAUAUGAAACUUCGGAAAAUUUUUCCAGAUAAUUUCAAGCGACUAUAUACUGCUGAUGCACCAUUGAACUUCCCUAGCUUAGAGAAGACCCAGAAUAAACUCUUUCCAAUGCUUACAAUGGCUAGUAUUUCAUUAGAACAGGAUAUCAUUUACCAAACUACCUUUGAAAAAUCUGGUGGACGUGUGGAUUGGGACUCUUUGGAAGCUCAGUUAGACAGCGAAAUAGAAAAAAGUGGUACCGAUCAAGCACUUAGAAAUGAUAACAAAUCUAAAUUUAAAGCAUGCAUUGAAAGCGACAAAAUAGUUGAGAAACACCUUAAGGAUAUUGAAAUAGUGACAUUGGGAACCGGUAGUGCGAUGCCCAAUAAAUACCGUAAUGUAGUUGCAACCCUUGUUAAUAUUCCCAGCUCUCGAAAUACCCGCUCUAUUUUAUUUGACUGUGGCGAAAAUACCUUAGGAAAUAUGAAAAGAAUAUAUGGCCCUGAAAAACUUAAAGAGGUCGUUUCUAAUAUCGGUAUUUUCUAUCUUUCUCAUCUGCACGCUGAUCAUCAUCUCGGUGCUAUUUCAUUUAUCACAUACUGGCUAAAGUUGGCAAAUUCGCAGGACCGAAUUCAGCGGCCUUUAUACAUUAUGGGACCCUGGAAGUAUUUUGAUUUUUUGAAAGAGUGGUCCCAAUUAGAAUCUGAAGUCGAGAUAGGUAGACUACGGUUUGUUGAUAAUGAAUCUGCGAUUGUUGGUUGGGGUUUUUGUGACAAAACAUCACCCAAUUUUUCUAGAUAUUCUUAUAUCCAGGAAAUGAAACAAGAUAUGGGACUUACAUCUGUUCGUACUUGCAAAGCUAUACAUUGUGAGCUUGCUUACUGCGUUUCAUUCAACUUCUCGCUUGACAAUGUUGAAGAAAACAAUCACAGACCAUCUUCACCAUCACGUUCUCCUUCAAGAUCACAUUCACCAAAUUCAUCCAAACAGACAUUUCAAGUUUCAUAUUCUGGAGAUACUAGACCAACUGAAUUUUUUGCUAAACGGGUUGGUUUUGGAUCGGAUCUUUUAAUUCACGAAGCUACUCAUGAUAAUGGUUUAGAAGCUGAAGCUUUCAAAAAGAAACACUCUACAAUAUCUGAGGCUAUUGGAGUAGCCCGUAGCAUGAAAGCUAAGUAUACAAUUCUGACUCAUUUUUCUCAGCGUUAUCCGAAACUACCAAAUAUGGACGGGUUACAAAAUCUUAAUGAAGAUUCUGAAGCUACUGAAAAAAUAAAAGAAUUACCUGUAUUUGCAUUUGCCUUUGAUGGAAUGCAUAUAAAAAUUGGAGAGAUUCCAAAGCAGCGUUACUUUUUUGGUGAAUUAGAAAAGAUUUUUGAUGAGGUUGAAGAAAUGGAGGACGAGGAAGGGGAGGAUGAGGAAGGAAAUUCUAGAAAAAAAUGA